CUCCGGAACAUCAAUUCCUUGGGACUCAACGUAGUCUCUGAAUUCAGGUUCAGAGCAGAAAAAGCACUUCAAGUCACAUCCGGCACACGAUGCAAACUUCUCAAGGCACUUCCGGGUUUUGUCGGCAUUCAUUGUGCGUGUCUGAAGAAAGAACGUGAAAGGAAUUGUGAGAUUAGAAGCUCAAUUGUGCCUGUACAGACCCAAUUUGAAGAAGAAUGGCUGCGGAAUGGAAGGUCCGAAUUCGAACGACCAGAGAAAUGAUCAAGGAUCUUCCCAAGAUCAUGUUGUUCGCUCGAGUAAGAAAAUGUGGUUAUUUCAGGAGAACAAGACACUUUGCGACGUGAUGCUGAUCGCUGGAGAAGAUAAGCAGAUAAUCCCAGCUCAUCGCGUUGUCCUGUCAGCGGCUACUGAUUACUUCGAAGCAAUGUUCGCGGGAAACUUCCGGGAAUCUCAGGAGCAAGAGGUGACUCUCAGCGGGAUUUCGGGAGACGAUCUUCGGCGUCUGGUGAAGUACUGCUACACAGGAGAAAUAGAGCUGAGCGAGGAAAGUUCUGUGGAAUCCGUGAAGACGCUCAUGAGCUCGGGAAAUCACCUUCAAUUGGACGGCGUGGUGAAAGUUUGCUGUGCUUUACUGGAACGUCAUCUCAAUCCCUCGAAUUGCCUGGGACUGGCUGACUUUGCCGAUCAACUCAGUUGUGAGUCUCUCGAGAAAGCAGCAAGGAAGUACAUAAGCCAGCACUUUCUACAAGUGUACAAGAACGGGGAGUUCCUUCAGCUCUCUGUCGAGCAACUGGGCAAAUUGUUGGCCAAGGAUGAUCUCAACGUGUCAUCGUCUCAACGUGAGGAAGACGUCUUCCGAGCGUUGCUGGUGUGGUUUCAGCACGAUUCCGAGAAACGGAAGGAUUACAUUCGCUAUCUUUUGCCGCUCAUCCAACUUCAUCGGCUUAGUUCUAAGCUUUUCGUCGAUGAGGUGAAGCCGUUGUGCGAGAGCACGAAUUGCCAGGAUUUGGCAUGGAAAGCUGUCGAGUGGAAAUUAAUUCCGGAACGCUGUGCUCCGAUGUCUAACCAAAAGAUUCGUCGAUCAAUAAAAGGAAAGUUGAUGGCUGUGAUCUACAAUUCUAGCAGGGAUUGUCAUCACCUCAAAUCGUAUUGUCCUGAAACGAAGCAGUGGAUCCCUGAGACGGAAAUUAGGGUUAAUCGGAUUGGUUGUGGCAUAGUUCUUGAGAACAACAAUAUAAUUGUCAUUGGAGGAAACGCUGGAGGCAUUGCUGGACUUUCAAAGGAAGUGAACAGUUUUCAUAUCAAAUCCAAGACAAUACAAAGCCUCUCACCGAUGAAUUCGAAGCGCACUCAAUGCUGUGCUGCAGUUCUGGAUGGAUUUCUCCAAUCUCUCUAUGUGUUUGGUGGCAAAGGCAGUGGUACCGAUAACCAGACCACAGUGGAGCGAUUGGAUCUGAGAAACGGAAUCUGGAACAUGGAAACUCCGAUGCAGACUGGUCGCAGCGAUGCUGCAGCUGUAGCGUUCCAAGAACGAUUGUUCGUGAUCGGCGGACGCAGUGAUGGUGUAUGCCUUAAUUCUGUUGAGUGUUACAAUCCGUACCGGAAGGAGUGGAGCUACUCGGCUCCCAUGGUGGAACUGCGACAUUCUAUGGGAGUGACAGCAACUAGGGACUACAUCUACGCUUUCGGCGGGUGUUACGAUCCCUAUACCUUCUAUAACCAUUUAAGAUCCGUGGAGAGAUACGAUCCCAAAGCAAAUGUGUGGAGUAUCGUGGCGACGCUGAAUAUCGCUGGUCCGAUGAGAACUGUUCUUUUGGAAGAUAAAAUUUUAUGUGCUCGAAUGGCUCCAAUGGCAUCAAACAUUCCACUGAAAGUGGUGCAAUUCGACCCGGAAAGCAAUACGUCGUCUGAAUUUGGUUUCUUGAAUCUAUCAGGUGAAUUAAAAGACCUAAACAGUCGAUCUUUAAAUAUAUUGUUAGCGCUUAUUUACGACACCAACACUGAUGCGCUCAAUUAACACAUGUUCCCGCGUAUAUACCGAAGAUGAUAAUAAAUAGAAAUAAAGAGAAG